AGACAAACUGACCACAGUCUGAACACUAAACCAGACAGCUUUAUCUUAUUAGUUUUUUGUUUAAAUGGUACUUGCAGUCUAUGCAUACACUUUCCACAGUAUUAUAAGAGAUUGAAACCCUCCAUUCCAGGGAUGUCAUCUCCGAAGCCUUUCUGUCCGGGUUUGGGAGCCUUGCUCUUGAAGGUCCAGCUCGUGUCCAGUGUGUCUGCUGGACUCUUUUAUAGCGCUCAUCUAAUCCCACAGAAACAGAUCGAGGGACACCUGGAGUAUUUUAAGAUCUGUGUGUUGGUGAGGACACUGACACGUAAUCGCACAGUGUUUGUCCGGAGCGUGAGCCGCACACCUGUCCGGUUCACACACCUCCACCAAUCAGAGGAGGACGCUCCACGUACAAGAACACAGCCCCGGGCUCCUCUUCUCUUCUCUUCUCAGCGUCUGUCCAGGUUCAGAAGAGUCACCAUGAUCUUUCUCACUCUGUUCUCUUUAUUGACUGUGUGUGUGACCGCAGGCGAUGAAGAGAGCGGCUCCGUCCUCAGACUGAAGGAUGUUCCUGCGGCCGAAGCCUUCGUCGACUCGGUAGAAGUGGCUGCAAUCGGCUUCUUUGAGACUGAAGCUGCUCGCGGAUUUAAAGAGUUUCUGGCUGCUUCUAAACAGAUGGAGGCACUUCCUGUUGCUCUGUGCACUGAGAAGGAAGUUUGGGCCAAAUAUGGCAUAACAUCUGACACCAUCUCCAUCUUCAGGAAGGCUGAUCUUCAUCAGGAACACCUGAAGCUCUCAGAGGCGAAGAAGCUUGAUGCUGAUGGACUCGCACGCUUCAUGACCAUGAAUAACAUUCAAUACGUCACAGAAUAUAAUCAAGCGACUGCAGUGGGUCUGUUCCAGUCCUCGGUGAAGACACACCUGCUGCUGAUGGCUGAUGGAGCUCGUGAUGAUUCGGAGCCGCUGCAGAAGCGCUUCAGAGAUCUCGCACCAAAAUACACCGGCAAGAUGUUGUUUGUGCUGGUAAACGGAAGAGAGAAGUCGAACGCCCGUGUGCUGGAGUACUUCGGUCUGAAGUCUCGUGAUCUGCCGCGGAUCGGUGUUUACGAUGGUGUCCUGGACAGGAAGUGGCUCAUGUCUCCGGGUGAGAUCUCUACUGAGCGCAUGCAGAGCUUCUGUGACUCCUUCCUGGAUGGAGACCUGCAGAAGCAGAACGAGGCCCAAACACCCGAAGACAAGACUGAACUAUAACACCAUCCUACUGCUCAUUAAAAAGAUUCAAAUACAAGA